AUGCAAGCACUACUUCUGUUGGCAGCUUUAUUAAUUGGAGCGCUAGAUUCAGUUUAUAGUUGCAUGAGCAGUCCAUGCUGCUGUCCACCAGCAAAACCAGCUUGUGGUUGUAUUAGUACAUGUGGUGCAGAAGCACCAAGAGGAUUUGGUGUACCGAUACCUCCACCUCCACCUCCACCUCCACCCCCACCUCCACCUCCACCUCCACCUCCACCUCCAAUUCCCUAUGCGCAAUUCCCACAACCACCACGAGCACCACCUGUCUAUGCACCGCCUCCACCUUCUGCAUAUGGAGCAGGACCACCACCAGGUUAUGCACCUGCUUAUGGAGCACCAUCUUUUGGAAGAGCUUCAUCAUCAUACGGUAGUGGAGGAGAUCCUUAUGGAGGCGGAGGAACAGGCUUUGAUGGAAGAGCUGGUUACGAUGGUGGUGGUGCUCCACGGUACGGUGGAGGCGCUUCACAAUAUGGUGGAAGUGGAGUUGGAGGAGCAGACGGAAUCUUCGGAGCGACUGCACCUGAAUUACAAGCACCACCACCCCCACCACCACCACCACCACCACAACCACAACCACAAGCAGCUCCAUCAGGCCAUCAGCAACAGUAUCAGGAUCAGCCAUCAACAUUGACUGCGGAAGCUCCUCCUAUAGCUGGACCUGUACCUUCAUCAUAUCAGGAUCAAGCACAAUCGCUGUCGGCUGGAGGAGCGCUAUCACAGGCAUAUCAAGAAGGUGACCCUGGUGCAAUAGCGGUACCUAGUAGCCAAGCCGGUAAUAGUUAUCGUGAUCGAUCGAAAUUUGCUAAAGUUUUCAAGCAACUAUUAACGAGUUAG